AGUUUUAUAAGAAUCGCGAACUCGGUAACACGCGCUUCAUUUCAAUAUAAUAUAUCGACUAGAUAUUUUUCUGUUUAUAAAAUUUGUUAAUAAAAAUUAUGAUUUGAAAGUGUUGAAUAAGUUUUUAAAUUUAUUUUUGAAAUUUGUAUAUAUUCAAAUUAUUUUAUCAGUUUUAAUAUUAUGGGAAGAAUGAAUUUUUCUGAAAGAUGUUGCCCCGGAGGCUUUUCAUUUUUUAGAGCAAAAUGGAAACCUAACGCGGAUUUACAGUUACAGCAUAUGCCAAAGCCUAAAGAAGCCGGAGAUUCAGAAAACGAUGUGAUAGACGAUCCCGAUAUCCUGAUCAUACGAAAUAUAGAUGCUUGUAUAAAAAUCAACGGACCAUUUCAUCAUACGACUCGAUACGAUUUAAUGGAACGUGAUUAUUAUCCUCAAUUGGUGGUGAGAAGAGGUCAAAGUUUCCAAUUAGAUAUUACUUUGAAUCGACCUUACGACGUAACUAAAGACGGUGUUUCUUUUAUAUUUUUCGUCGAUGGCGAAGAAAGAUUGUCUCACGGUAACGGUUCUUUGGUAGCAGUUCCUCUUCUAACAAAAACCGAUAAAAACUUGUCGUGGAAUGUGAUAUUAGAUAAAGCCGAAGAUUGUAUUAUUUCGAUCCAAAUUACAACCCCUCCAGAUGCUAUAGUUGGAAAAUGGUGUAUGGAAGUCGAUACUAAACUUAUUAAUGAUUCGGGAGCGUUUAGUUACAGUUGGGAGACGGGAAUUUAUCUUCUUUUCAAUCCUUGGUGUGUAUACGAUCAAGUUUAUUUAAAAUCGAGCGAAUGGAGAGAAGAGACUGUACUUAAUGAUACCGGUUUAAUUUGGAGAGGAACUUAUAAUAGACUUCGACCUGUGAUAUGGAAAUAUAAUCAAUUCGAUAAAGAUAUUUUGGAAUGCUCUUUAUAUUUAAUAAAUGUAGUAGCAAAAAUCAAAGUUAAACUUAGAUCAGAUCCCGUGAUGAUCACCAGGGCGUUAGCUGCAGCUGUGAAUUCUCCAGACGAUAAUGGAGCGGUGAUGGGGAAUUGGUCGACCGAUCACAGUGGCGGUACACCUCCUACGAAAUGGUUGGGAAGCCGCGAAAUACUACAAGAAUAUUAUAAGAAGAAAAAACCAGUCAAAUACGGGCAGUGUUGGGUAUUUGCCGGUGUUCUAGCAACAGCUUGCAGAGCGAUAGGAAUACCAGCUAGAACGGUAACGAACUACUCUUCAGCACACGACACUCAGAACUCCCUUACCGUGGAUUAUUUUCUAAACGAAGACGGUUCUAUCAUGGAGGAAAUGGUUUCUGAUUCCGUUUGGAAUUUCCACGUAUGGAACGAAGUGUUUAUGGAUCGCCCCGAUCUCGGAAGCCAGUAUGGAGGAUGGCAAGCCAUAGAUGCUACACCGCAAGAGUUGAGUGCCGAUAAAUAUAGAUGCGGUCCUGCCUCCGUAGCCGCUGUUAAACAAGGAGAGAUAUCGAGACCUUACGAUACAAAUUUUCUUUAUUCCGAAGUUAACGCCGAUAAGAUUUUCUGGAAAUAUUCGGGACCCACCCAACCUUUGAAACUGUUAGAUAAAGAUACUUAUGGUAUCGGCAAAUUGAUCUGCACGAAAGCCCCAGGAAGUUUCGAUAGGGAAGAUAUAACUUAUAACUACAAAUUUCAAGAAACUACCAAUGAAGAACGUUCAAUAAUGUUAAGAGCUCUGCGUCAAUCGGAGAAUUUAUUCUCUAGGUACUACCUGAACGAAGAUUUCAACGACGUAUAUUUCGAUUUCAAACUUAUAGAUGACGUGAAAAUAGGUCAGCCUUUCAAUGUGGUAUUGAAUAUGAAAAAUAGAAGUAAAACGGAAGAAUACAGGAUCUCCGUAAAAAUAAGAGUGGAAGUUGUCAAUUAUACGGGGAAGGUUGGAGAUAAUGUGAAACAAGAAAAAUAUAUAAUAACUGUUAAACCGAAGGAAACCCACGAAAUAAAACUGGAGGUUACUUAUGAAGAUUAUGCUAAACGAGUGAUUGAUCAGUGCGCUUUCAAUGCGGUAUGUUUGGCUAGAGUCGAAGACACAAACUUUGAGUACGUAGCGCAAGAUGAUUUUAGAAUUAGAAAACCCGAUAUUAAAAUUAAACUAAAGACGCCACCUAUAGAAGAUACUGAAACUUACGUUGACAUUUCAGUGGAGAAUCCUCUUCCAAUAGCAAUUAAAAAAGGUGUAUUUACCGUCGAAGGUCCUGGAAUUGAGGAUAAACUCAAAGUAUUUGCUAAAGAGAGCGUUCCACCAGGAGGUCGCGCUAAAGGGGAGUUUAAGUUCACUCCUCCGCGUAUAGGGAGACAUACUAUAGCCGCCAAGUUUGUUUGUAAGCAAAUGGAUGAUGUAGACGGUUUUAUUUCGAUAAUGGUCGAACCCAAAAAAUAUAUCAAUGCGUUGGAUAACGACGUGGAUAUAGAGACCAUUUGAAACUGCGACUUCGGCUUCAUAUCAUUUUCAAUAAAUUAUUUCUGAUGAUAUCCUUGAUUUUAAACGGAACAGAAUAAACUAUUUCGGAACCUUAUUAUUUAUUAUGUUUUUUUAGAGUACACGAAAAUUAAAAUUUUUAAGUAUGA